AUGGCAACCUCGCCCACAUCAUCAGAUUUCAUCCAGACCCCGACAACAGUAUGGGAGACACGAAGCGCUAUCGAAGCAAUGCAAAGGUUAGCCGAUGUUAUGAUAGCUGUAACAGAGUCCUUCAGACAGCAGUUCCGAGGCGAACAACACCCCAGCAAUAACGUCACCCGCCACGAAGAGGCUGGAGAUCCGGAUUUGCGAGCAUCGGUUCCAGACAUUGUCUUCCCUGCCGAGCACGGCUCCCUCAUCAUGUACUCGCCCACGCGACGGACCAACAUCACCAACAUCACCAACAUCACCAACAUCACCAACAUCACCAACAUCACCAACAUCACCAACAUCACCAGGAUUACCAGGAUCACCUACUUCGCAAAGGACAUCACGGCGCAUGGUUUGGGAUUGUACAGGGGGCUAGCUCCCGAGGCCUUGGCACACCCAUCAGAAUACCCUGAUCUGUUCGAAGCAGCACGGAAGAUUGUCAUUACUCAACGCAGCAGGCACGCGAUCGACAUGACGCCUGCAGCCAACCGCCAGAACGAUCGCCUCUUGACCGUAAUGCAGACAAACGCUGUGGAAGAUGACCUUCCAUGGGCAAGUAGAGGCUAUUUGUACCAAGAACAAAACCUGUUGGAGAAGCGACCCGUGUCUGCCCUGGGUUUUGCCCAGGAGUUUUCGCUACUAGGUGUCACUGGCCUUCAUCAGAUUCUCAUGUUCGCUGGCCUCUCCCAGGGCAUCGCUCCUGCUCUUGAAAUCGCUAACUCACUUACGAACUUGUCGGAGGGCCAGCAUUCCUGGUUUACUGCAGGCUUCGUCCUUGCCCUGGGCGUAUUCGCCAUGCCUUCGGUCCGACCAGGAAAAGUCUUUGGUCACAAGCGAAUUCUUAUAUGUGGAUGCUUAUGGUACGCCUUCUGGAGCCUUCUCGCCGGAUUCUCUCAGACUGUACACAAUGGCGGUUAUAAUAGUGCCGCGUUUUUCUGCGUCUGCCGUGCUAUGCAGGGUAUCGGUCCAGCGCAGAGCGUUCCAAACGGUUUUUCUAUCCUGGAGGCUUCUUUCCCGCCUGGCCAAAGGAAGGACACAGCACUCUCGCUCUACAUUUCCGGCGCGCCCCUCGGCUUCGUUAUCGGAUCUGUCUUCUGUUUUCGCCGUCAACUUCGCUUGGGAAUGGUGGAUUUUUGUGCUCGCGGCCGUCUGCUUUUCAGCUGCGGGGCUCAGCGUUCUCAUUCUUCCACAACAAGAUCCUCGCAAAAGGUGUUGUCGGUCGGUUGGCCCACACCCUACAUUUACUUUCUUCUCAUCAUCGGGAUUUUAUUCCUUGCGGCUUUCAUGUACAAUGAGACUGUCGUCGCGAGCCCUCUCGUGCCUCUGCGGGUGAUGGAUUCGUCGACAAAUCUUGUGCUGGCCUGUGUCGCAGCCGGCUGGGGCUGCUUCAUUGUUUGGGCAUGUUAUCUUUUCCAGAUCAUGGAAGCAGUACGAGAUUGGGACUGCCUUGUGGCAAGCGCUGCAGUUGUACCGAUGGCGGUGGAGAGUUUGACCGUGACUUUUCUUCUGGCGCGUAGAGGUGUACUGGGCCUUGUGUCCUUAAUCGGGUUCCUGUCGGCGUCUGUACUCGUGGCAACGGCACCCGUGAAUCAGACGUACUGGGCAAACGUAUUCGUGAGCACACUGCUUCUUCCACUUGGGAUCGUCAUGGCGGGUCCUCUCGCAAUGAUACUGCUGAGCAAUAGUCUCCCGGAGGACUAUCGGGGGAUUGUAGGGGGCCUAGUGUUAUCUGUACUUGCUUACAGUAUGUCUAUUGCUUUGGGAAUGGCAAGAACGGUCGAAACCCAAGUCAACGAGAUCAGGUUAGAUGUAUUGUCUGGAUACCGCGGGGCACAGUACUAUGGUAUUGGCCUCGGGGCCCUUGGGACGCUACUCGCGUCUGCUUUGUUAUUCCAAUACUCGUCAAGUAGAAGCAUUUGGUCUGCCGCGGGUACAGGAUUCGGGGGUUCGGAUGUUCCAAAAUAG